AUGUCAGUCUUGGUAAAGCAGAGGCGCAUUGGUUCUUGGAGUGCUGAGAAAUUUCAGAGGGGAAUGCCCAAGAUGCGAAGUGCUGUUUUUAGCAAGGUCGCGAAUGGGCGAGAAACUUCGUUUUGGUUUUCAAAUUGGCUGUGUCAGCAAUUUUUGAAAAAUGCCUUUCCUGAGGUGUUUGCUUUUGCUAUUAACUCCUGCUGCAGUGUGGAAGAUGCAGGUUUCUGGCAAGAUGAUUUAUGGCAUUGGAAUUUAGCCGGCAUUGUUGAGUCCUCAAAUCCGGUGGUCCAGAACUUAGGAGGCGAAAUUGUUGCGUUGCUGAACAACAUAACGCUGACUAGAGAAGAAGAAGACAGCUUUGGAUGGUUGAAGAACGAUGAAGGUAUUUUCACGGUCCGGUCCUGUUACUCCUGGCUGACGGCGGAAACAGCCCUGGAUUCUGUUUCUCCCGGUGUGUUGGGGGCUUUAUCGAGUUGUUGGAAUUCUGCAGCCCCCUUAAAGAUGCAGUAUUUUGGUUGGAGAUUACUUCACGACAGGCUUCCUUCCAAGGACCAGCUUUUCAAACGUGGUAUCAUUACGGAAAUCACCCAACUCAGGUGCGUUUUUUGCUCGUUUGAUGAAUCUGCAGUGCAUCUGUUUGUGUCGUGUCCUUUUGCGGAUAACAUAUGGAGGAAAGUCUAUGAUUGGAUUGGGUCAAUAACGGAAUUGAGUUUGGAUGAAUUCAAGUCCUUCCUCUUCAAUUGUGAGAAAAUCUUGAGCAAGAGGAAACGCAGAGUGGUGUCGGUGAUUUGGUUUGUCUCUGUGUGGAGCAUAUGGCUUAUGAGGAACGAUAUUAUUUUUAACAAUGUUAGCCCGAGUUUCGUCGAUUGUAUGUCGGCUAUUGUUUUUAGAUCUUGGAAUUGGCUAUCCUCCUUUUGUAAGAUUAUCGAUUGUUGUAAUUUCUACACUUGGAACUCUUUUCCUCUCCUUUGUUUUGAGAUGAAAUAG